GCGCCGCAGAGUGAGACCUCCUGUCGCCUAUUCUCUCUGCGCUGUCCAUAUGUCAAAGUCUUUGUGCGACAGAAGGGAAAAACAGCUGGAUCCAGGACUCCAGCUAGCGGCUGCGCUAGUUGUAUGCUUCUGCCCUCGGCCGCCUCAUUUCCAUCAGCUGGUCGUGAGGCUGAUGAUGUGGUGGGAAGAUGGAGGCUCCUGAAUAUCUGGACCUGGAUGAGAUUGACUUCUCUGAUGAUGCAGUGUAUUCUGUGACGUCCCUGAAGAGCAUCCCAGAGCUGUCCAGGAGGAGCGACGGCCAGACUGAGGACAGACCAGCUCCAGCCAUCAACUGGAGUCGUGGUGGUUCCUCCCACAGCAGCGGAGGAAUCAAAUCCACGGGGCUCGCUGAGGUUCACAAUAAGUUCAGGCCCGUGAAGAGAGUCUCUCCUCUCAAACACCAGCCAGAGACCACUGACUCGGAGUGUGAUAGUAAAGGCCAGGGCCAGUGUGUGGGUGUGGGAGAGCCGGGCGAGGACUCUGACGCUAAGGAUGACAAAGCCACUCACACCUCCAGCUCCUCUGACAGGCUGGGGGGGAAGUCAAAGGGCCUGGGUGGCAGCGGUGGAGGAAACAACCCCCAGCCUCUGUUCGGGGAGUUGGAGCACUAUGAUCUGGACAUGGACGAGAUCCUGGACGUGCCCUACAUCAAGUCCAGUCAGCAGAUGUCCACACUGCCUCGCGUCCCCCAUGACAAGCGCUCGGUGACGGCGAGCAAUUUGGGUGGAGGAACCCUGGAGAGGAACCGAGGAGGAGGAGGCCUGAAGAGCUCUGCUCUGCCCCACAAUGAACCUCUGAGCCUGGGCAGCAGUGGCUCCCAGACGCAGUGGUCAGACUUGAGGAAGUCCAAGUCGAUGGAUCCCGACCUGCACCUCCUUCACCGCCCCCCGCCUGCAGGAGGCUACCAGUCUGAGCUGCUGCCUCCAGGCCACCUCAGCUGCUCUUCCUCGCUCUCGUCUUUCUCAGAUGCAGAUAAGUUGCUGUCAGCGCGGGUCUACCCAGACUCCCAGAGCCAGAGGCCCAGCGUGGAGCCUCCAGGAAAUCAGGGGCUGACGUUCACCCUGCCGGGGGGCAGCGUGGCCAGGCCGGACAACUGGGCUGCUGGAGCGGGAGUAGGAGGCAGCGCUGGGGCCAGGGGGUAUGCAGGAGGUGGAGGAGAAGUGGAUGAGGAGACCAAGAAGAACCAGAACAUCAUCAACAUUGUGAGAGAGGGGCAGAUCUCACUGCUGCCUCACCUGGCAGCAGACAACCUGGAGCUGAUCCGAGACGAGGAUGGAAACAACCUGCUGCACAUCUCGGCUUGUCAGGGUCACGCUGACUGUCUCCAGCACCUCACCUCUCUGAUGGGAGAGGACGGCCUCAAUGAGCGCAACAGCCAGCAGCUCACCCCGGCUGGUCUGGGAGUCAAGAAUGGUCAUCUGGAGUGUGUGAGGUGGAUGGUGAGUGAAACGGAGGCCAUUGCAGAGCUAAGCUGCACCAGAGAACAUCCCAGUCUGAUCCACUACGCCGCUCGCUAUGGACAGGAGAAGGUUCUGCUGUGGCUGCUUCAGUUCAUGCAGGAACAAGCGAUUUCUCUGGACGAAGUCGACCAGAAUGGAAACACUGCCGUCCACGUCGCAGCUCAGUACGGACACCUCACCUGUAUCCAGACUCUGGUGGAGUACGGCUCCAACGUGACAGUCCACAAUCAGCACGGGGAGCGUCCCUCCCAGAGUGCGGAGCGCCAGGGACACACCCCCUGUGCACGAUACCUGGUUGUCGUGGAAACCUGCAUGUCAUUAGCCUCACAGACAGGCCACAGAGAGGAUACUUUUACAGAAACAGCUUCAGAGACUGAUGGACCCCAACAAAGCAGAGGGGAUGACUCCCAGGUCGCCCGGCUCCAGCUCCCAUCAGCCCUCCUUCGAGGCGUGGCCAGAGAUGAUGCUGACAGCAGAGGGGACUCCGGCUGAUGGUUACUGGAUGGUUCGUCAGGGGGGGGUUGGACCGGACUCUGUGCUGCGGCAGCUGCUGGGGAAGGACGUGACAGAGCCACUGUGUCCCAGAGAGAGACUGGUUCCUGCAGGAAGCCUGGCCAGAGAGGCCCCGGGA